AUGCCACACUGGCAUAAACUGGGAAUGCCUGCCAGCCCACUGGGAUUGGUGUGCCUGCUAUGUGUGCCAGCCCAACAGCAUUAUCCUGUGAGCUGGGAAAAAUGCCAGGCUGAUGCCAGUAAGCCAGGAAACAUACUGGUCUUAUUGUGCCAGGAUACAUAUCAGGCAAAUGCUAGUGCACUGGUACAGAAGCUAAGCUUGUGGUGGUGUGUUGGCAUGGAUGCUCAGCUAAUGCCAGUUUGCCAGGGUGGAUCCCAGCAUCCACACUAUUUCCAGUGGGUCAGAAGGCAUACCAGUGUACAUCCAUUGGGCCAGUAUGAGUUACAGCCACUUCCAGUAUGCCAGGACACAUACUGGCCUUAUGCUAGUGGUUGGCAUACAUGCCUAGCUAAGUUCCCUGCUAGUAUCAGUGGGCCAGAUGGAUCACAGCCUCCAGGCUAUUUCCAGUGGAUCAGAAGGCACACCAGUGGGAUUCUGUUGGGCUGGUAUGAAUUGAAUUCUGGCCAAUUCCAGUUAGCUGGUGGUUCAGAAGGCACACCAGUGGGAUUCUAUUGGGCCAGUAUAAGUUCUGGCCAAUUCCUGUCAGCUGGGCCAAAUGCCUGGUUGAUGACUGUGAGCUGGGACACCUACCAGCCUUAUGCUAGGGGGCUGGGACAGAUGCCAAUCCUAUGGUGGUUGAUUGGCAUGGAUACCCAGCUAAUGCUGCUUAAUGUCACUGGAUUAGAUGAUGGGCUAGUCUUUUGGCAUCUCCUUGCAAAUGCAUGA